CAAGCUUUCCAAUUCCACCCUUUGACUCUAUCGUUUCAACGAUUCCCAACUCUCCUUUUCGUUCUCAUCAUCGCUAUUUCAUCCUAACUACGGUCAGCCAAUCUCCACCGUUGCCGCCAUCUCCGCCGAACCUCCGAUCACCGUCGAUCUUUACAGGCUCGUUAAUUUGCCGAACCUAAUCAUUAUCUUCUUCAAUAGAGGUUACUAUUAUUCAUUAAUGCUCAUAGAAAUCUAAGGUGAAUUUUAGCAUUACGGAUAUCGUAAACUUAUUUCACGGCAAACUGGUUGGAUGAGCGUAUGCCCACCCAGCUUACAAAGUGUGGGAUUCUCAUCUAUUUAAUGGAAUGCUAAUAGUAUGUGCUAUGAAGUGCAUGUUUGUUAGAAGGAUACAAGAUAAAAAUGAAUUUGCAGCAUAUGGCAGGGCAGAUCUCAGGGCAGGUUCCAAAUCAAAGUGGCACUUCUCUGCCUGGGCUACCCCAGCAGAGCGGAAAUCCUUUCUCUAUGCAGAUGCAAAAUCCGGUUGUCCAUAGUAAUAUGCCAAAUAUUGAGCCUGAGUACUCGAAAGCUCGAAAUUUUAUAUCAAAUAAGAUCUACGAGUAUCUCAUGCAGCGGCAGCAAGCCCAUGAGAAACCUCCAAAGAAGGUUAUGGAUAUAGUUAAACGCUUGGAGGAGGGCUUGUUUAAAAGUGCCUCAACAAAGGAGGAGUAUUUGAAUCUAUCAACUUUGGAGAACCGCUUACAUGGCCUGAUUAAAGGCCUUCGGAUGAACACUCAAAAUCAACGAUUCUCUCGAGUUAGCUCUUCUGGCUCCAUUGGUACAAUGAUACCAACUCCAGGCAUGGCGCAAAGUGCGAAUUCGGCCCUAAUUGGAACAUCGUCUGUUGACAGUUCCAUGGCUUCUGGGAGUACCAUUGCAUCCUCUACUGUCAACACUGGAAGCUUCUUGCCAAUGGCUAAUGUGUCUUCCAGUGUGACAAAUGGAUAUCAACAGCCAACUUCCAAUUUCAUGGUCAGUUCGGGUGGGAAUAAUUUGGUGCCAUCAAUGAGUGGACAAAGAAUGACAAGCCAAAUGAUCCCCACUCCUGGGUUUAAUUCCAGUGGUGGUGCUAAUUUGAAUAAUAACUCUAGUGCACAGUCUUCCAUGAGUUUGGACUCACCCAGUAAUAUAGCUGCAUUUUCUAGUGUUGAUUCCACAAUUGUUUCACAGCCUCUGCAACAAAAGCAGCAUGUUGCUGCUCAAAACAGCCGUAUACUGCAUACAGUUGGCAGCCAUGUGGGUGGUGGAAUCAGGUCAGGAUUUCAGAAUAGAUCCUAUGGACAGUCAACAGGGCCUAUGAAUGGCGGGGGCCUUGGAAUGAUUGGAAACAAUUUGCAUUUGGUGAAUGGUUCAGCGUCUGAUGGCUAUAUACCAGCAACCACGUACGGGAACUCUCCAAAGUCGUUGCCGCAGCAUUUUGAUCAGCAACAUCAACCAUUAAUGCAAGGUGAUAGAUAUGGUAUCAGCCAUGCGGAGACUUCGGGGUCUGGAAACUUGUGUCUUCCUGUUUCUUCUGUGGGAAUGGUCAUGAAUAAUCAAAAACCUGCUGCUGUAGCCUUACAGUCCAUGUCCAAAACAAACUCUCCUUUGAUUACCAAUCAGUCAAACUUGAUUGCCUCUGGGCAGAUGCCAAAUAUAAAGGUUCAACCAGUUGAUCAGUCAGCGAAGAUGAACUUUCAGUCCCAGCAUGCAGUGGGAGAUAACCAUUUAUCUUCCUAUCAGCAUCAACACCGUCAACAGCCGCCUCAGCAGUUCCAGGAGCAACACCAACUUGUUCAAUCUCAACUCCAACAGAAGCUGCAAAAUCAGCAGCACCAAAUUUUGUCAAGGAGCAAUGCUUUUGCUCAAUCUCAUUUACCUUCUGAUCUUGGUAUUCAGGUAAAGUCUGAGCCUGGAAAUCAUGAUGAAGCUCAACAGUCUCGGGUCAAUGCUGGGCAAUUUCAGUUUUCCGACAUAAAUCAGAUUCAGCCAAAUUCUGUUGAAGACCAUUCUAAAGGUACUCAGUUGCUCCCUCCUCAGUCUAGUCAGCAGGAUAUCUGUUUGUCAGUGUCUCAGCCUUCAGAACAAAAGCAUCAAUUGUUGAAUUCACAACAGUUUGUUACUGAUUCUAAGAGUCAUUUCAGCUUUUUCUCUAAUGGGGUUCAUUCAGAUGCAGUAUUUCAGGGUCAAUGGUAUUCCAAGUCGCAAGACGGGAGUCAACUACCAGGUAGCUUCUCAGAUAAGCAAAAUUUGCAAGAGGAGUUGUGUCAGAGAACUUCCAGGAAGGAGGAAGCUUAUCCAAAUAAUUUGUCCACAGAGAGAUCACCGGUCGGUCAAGCUUUUGGUAACAGAGAAGUUGCUACAAAUAACUCAAGCAGCUCCAUCUGCAGAUUUAAUAACCUUCCUCGUGAACAACAAUAUUACAAUCAGCAGAAGUGGCUAUUAUUUUUGACUCAUGCACGUGGAUGUUCUGCUCCUGAAGGGAAAUGUGCAGAGCAGAAUUGCAUAAAAGCUCAAAAACUUGUGAAGCAUAUGGAACGAUGCAGCACUUUUGAGUGUCAAUAUCCUCGUUGCCCUGCAACAAGGGUCUUGAUUAAUCACUAUAGACGGUGCAGAGAUCUAAAGUGUCCUGUUUGCAUUCCUGUCAGGAAUUUUGUACGGGCACAGCAGAAAGUUGCUCGUCCUGGCUGUAAUUCGGAUAUGCCAAAUUCCGCUAAUGGUACUUGUAGAUCCUAUGGUGCUGGUGAAAUUGCUUCCAGGUUGACUGCCAAGCAGAGUUCAGUGCCAGUUCAAACAGAAGAUUUGCAGCCUUCUCUUAAGCGCACGAAGAUUGAGCAACCUUCUCAAUCUCUUAUCUUGGAAACUGAAAAUUGUUUUAUGUCAGUUUCCGCCGGCCAGUCUCAUGUUACCCAAAAUGCCCAGCUUGUUGAACAGCACGGCAAUGCUGUGAAAUCUGAAGUUACUGACGUAAUGAUGGAAAUUCCUGCUAUGGCUGUGCAAGUCAGUCCCGGGAGUAUUGACAUACGAAAUGACAAUUUGGAUGGUACCUGCAUUCAAAAGCCGGAUGGUGAUCCUGUUGUAUCAAGUAAUGCAGCUUCACUUGUGAAACAGGAAAAUGUUAAGACUGAGGAGGACAUUGUUCAGCCUAAACAGGAAAAUACGUCAGCACCCCCUGAAAGCACCAGUGGAUCCAAGUCUGGGAAGCCUACAAUAAAGGGUGUAUCAAUGACUGAAUUAUUCACCCCAGAGCAAGUCCGAGAACACAUUAUUGGUCUGAGGCGAUGGGUUGGCCAGAGCAAAGCAAAAGCAGAAAAAAAUCAAGCAAUGGAACAUUCCAUGAGUGAAAAUUCAUGUCAAUUAUGUGCAGUUGAGAAGCUAAAUUUUGAACCUCCGCCUAUAUAUUGUACUCCUUGUGGUGCUCGUAUCAAACGAAACGCAAUGUAUUAUACCAUUGGAACUGGUGAUACUAGACACUACUUCUGCAUUCCAUGCUAUAAUGAGGCUCGUGGAGACACCAUUGUUGUUGAUGGGACCACUGUUCCAAAGGCGAGGAUGGAGAAAAAGAAAAAUGAUGAGGAAACUGAAGAAUGGUGGGUUCAAUGUGAUAAGUGUGAAGCUUGGCAACAUCAGAUUUGUGCAUUGUUCAAUGGUAGGAGGAAUGAUGGUGGGCAGGCUGAGUAUACCUGUCCCAAUUGCUAUAUUAUAGAGGUUGAAAGAGGUGAACGGAAGCCCUUACCACAAAGUGCUGUUCUUGGAGCGAAAGAUCUGCCUCGGACAGUUCUCAGUGAUCAUAUUGAGGAACGAUUAGAUCGCGUUUUGAAGAAAGAAAGAGAGAGAAGAGCAAUACGUGAAGGAAAAAAUUCUGAUGAGGUUCCUGGUGCUGAAGGGCUCGUUGUAAGAGUUGUGUCAUCGGUAGACAAAAAGUUAGAAGUGAAAUCAAGGUUUCUCGAGGUCUUUCAAGAAGAGAACUAUCCAUUGGAGUUCCCAUAUAAAUCAAAGGUGUUAUUGUUAUUUCAGAAAAUUGAGGGUGUAGAAGUAUGCCUCUUUGGCAUGUAUGUUCAGGAAUUUGGAUCUGAAUGCGCACAACCAAAUCAUCGCCGUGUUUAUCUCUCGUAUCUAGAUUCGGUCAAAUAUUUCAGGCCAGAGAUCAAAGCAUGGUCUGGCGAGGCUCUUCGUACAUAUGUGUACCAUGAAAUAUUGAUUGGAUAUUUAGAAUAUUGCAAAAAGCGUGGUUUCACAAGUUGCUAUAUAUGGGCUUGUCCUCCACUGAAGGGUGAAGAUUAUAUAUUAUAUUGCCACCCAGAAAUCCAGAAAACCCCAAAAUCUGACAAGCUCAGAGAGUGGUAUUUAUCAAUGUUAAGAAAAGCUGUGAAGGAAAAUAUUGUUGUAGAUCUCACAAAUUUAUAUGACCAUUUCUUCAUCUCCACGGGCGAAUGUAAAGCUAAAGUGACUGCAGCUCGCCUGCCAUAUUUUGAUGGGGACUAUUGGCCUGGUGCAGCAGAGGAUAUGAUUUUUCAACUUCAACAAGAAGAAGAUGGGAGGAAACAUCAUAAGAAGGGAGCUAUGAAGAAGACCAUAUCAAAAAGAGCUCUUAAAGCAUCUGGUCAAUCUGAUCUUUCUGGAAAUGCAACUAAGGAUAUACUUCUAAUGCACAAACUUGGUGAAACUAUUUCUCCAAUGAAGGAAGAUUUCAUUAUGGUCCAUUUGCAGCACGCGUGUACUCAUUGCUGUAUUUUAAUGGUAUCCGGAAAUCGUUGGGUAUGCAAACAAUGCAAGAACUUUCAGCUUUGCGACAAGUGCUAUGAAGUUGAGCAAACACUUGAAGCCAGAGAAAGACAUCCUAUCUAUCACAAGGAUAUUCAUAUGCUUUAUCCAACUGAAAUUGAUGAUGUACCUGCUGAUACCGAGGAUAAAGAUGGCAUUCUUGAGAGUGAGUUUUUUGAUACAAGGCAGGCAUUUUUGAGCCUUUGUCAAGGAAACCAUUACCAAUAUGAUACCCUGCGGCGUGCUAAACAUUCCUCAAUGAUGGUUCUUUACCACCUUCAUAAUCCCACUGCACCAGCAUUUGUGACAACUUGCAAUAUCUGUCAUCUUGACAUAGAAACCGGUCAAGGUUGGCGGUGUGAAACUUGCCCUGAUUAUGAUGUUUGUAAUGCUUGUUAUCAGAAGGAUGGUGGAGUUGAUCAUCCUCACAAGUUAACUCCUCACUUAUCCAUUGCUGAGCGUGAUGCUCAGAAUAAAGAAGCUAGGGAACAACGAGUUCUGCAGCUUAAGAAGAUGCUUGAGCUUUUGGUGCACGCAUCUCAGUGCCGCUCUUCUCAUUGUCAAUAUCCAAACUGUCGGAAAGUUAAAGGGCUUUUCCGCCAUGGUAUACAGUGCAAAGUACGUGCUUCAGGAGGUUGUGUUCUCUGUAAGAAAAUGUGGUAUCUACUACAACUUCAUGCUCGUGCAUGCAAAGUAUCUGAUUGUCAUGUGCCACGAUGCAGAGAUUUGAAAGAACAUCUUCGGAGGCUACAACAGCAGUCUGAUUCUCGGCGGCGGGCUGCUGUUAUGGAGAUGAUGAGACAACGUGCUGCAGAGGUUGCCAACAGUGCUGGGUGACCAUAUGGUACAAGUUGUAAUGACUAUCGUUGGAAGAAAAGAUCUCGUAAUGUACAGGAAACUGCUGACGAACAUACAAGCUUGUUCAUUUCUAUUAGGCUACUCUAGAAGGAAUUGCUGUUUCUAGUUGACCAUCACUUAUAGUCGUCUCUGGGUUAUCUCCGUCGUGGACCUAGUCUUUCACUUGGUCGUCUUUGUGUUAUCUCCCAUUGUGAUGCUUGUAUCAUCCGAGUUGCUCCCGUCAACAAUUCAUCUCCGGAAGUGUAGGAUGCCGAGCAUCCCCCCGUCCGUAGCUCAUAAGUGAUUUUUUAAUUUUAUUCUGUUGUAAUCCAGCAAUAGUAACUAUUUCGAGGGCAAAUGUGCCUGUUUUCCUGAUUUAUUUUAUCAUGCAUUAAACAUGCGGAAGGACAACUGUUUUCCUUCUCGUGUGAAUAGUUAGUUGUCUCAUUCUAUUCCAUGUUCUCAGAUUGGAAUUAAUCUUGUAGAUGUUUUUUCUUUAUUUAAAAAUGCAAAGUACUUUACGAGUAGCAAGUUACAAUUCCUUAUUAAAACUGGUGUGCUUGACCA